CGUUUUACAACACUAACAUUUUAUUAUUGGAUUUGUUUUCAUUCUUCGCCGGCGGAUUUUCAUUAAAAAUCCGCAGAAAUGCGAUGGCUCUACGCCUGCUUUGUGAUCGUGCUUUGUGCACUAAUCUUCUGUGAGUACGUAGCCGACUUUGUGGUGCUCCAGAAGUGCAAGUGGCCGGAGAUCAAGCGGAAGAAGUACGUCGAUGAUCCGUUGCGGGCUUUAAUCAUUGCGGACCCCCACCUAUUGGGUCCACAUCGAGGCCAUUGGCUGGACAAGUUUUAUCGGGAAUGGCACAUGACACGUGCCUUCCAGGCGGCAUCCCGCCUCUUCCAGCCUGAUGUGGUUUUCGUCCUAGGCGAUUUGUUCGAUGAGGGUGACAUGGUGAGCGACAAGCACUUCCAGGAGUACGUGUGGCGCUACCUGAAGAUGUUUCACCUACCGCCGGGUAUUCCACUUAUCAGUAUAGUCGGUAACCAUGACGUGGGCUUUCACUAUAAGAUGCAUCCUUUCUUUAUGUCCCGGUUCGAGAACUAUCUGAACAACUCCCUGGUCACGCUUUAUACCAUUAAGCAGAUACACUUCGUGAUAAUCAAUUCCAUGGCCAUGGAGGCCGAUGGUUGCCUUUUCUGCUCCCAGGCCGAAGAACAACUGAGAAACAUCUCACGAACUCUUCACUGCAUGAAAUUCCCGCAGGAGGCCGAGUGUGCCCGCACCAGGCGUCACCCGUAUAGCCAACCUAUCUUGCUGCAGCACUUCCCCACAUUCCGCAUUUCCGACACAAUGUGCCAGGAGUAUGAUGCUCCCUUUAUCGAAGCCUACCGCGAGCGUUUUCAUGUUUUGUCAAAGGAGGCCACGGAUAUGUUGGGGAAACUGUUGAAGCCCAGGCUGGCGUUUGCUGGACACUCACAUCACUAUUGUCACAGUGUCAAUCGGUUGGGCAUCGAUGAGUACACGGUGGCCUCCUUUAGCUGGAGAAACAAAGUUAAUCCAAGCUUCAUGCUGGCCACUAUUACUCCCGACGACUAUGUGGUUUCCAAGUGCAAAAUGCUCCCUCAGCAGUUUGUAAUCAACAGUUACCUGAGUGCUGGAAUCCUCUGCCUAAUCCUAAUAGCGUUUCAGCUACGAAAAUACAUAGCCAAGAGGCAGUCUUUGUCCACGUCCAAGGAUCUACAAAAGGACAAAUAAUUGUACGUCGUCGAGAA